AUGGGUAAAUUAUGGGAAGUUGCUUUACCAACAGCUUUUCUUUCAUCACACAUUCCUAAUACUCAAAAAUUUUGUGAUGCCAACUUUUGUAAGAUUUUAGAUCAAAAUAUUCCAAGCUAUUUUUUAACUUGUGAUGAAAAAAAUAUUAAUGAUAAUGAUGAAUUUAUAAUUUUUCAAAAUGAUGAUUCUGCAAAUAAACAAUUAACUGAAGCAUUAAAUAAUUGA